AUGUCUUGUAAAUAUGCGAAUUUUGUUGAAAUUAAAAAUAAAUGGACUAAAAUUUAUGGUAAAUGUUGUGACAAUAAAUGUAUAAAUACAACCAAACCUAAUGGUAAUUGUAUUAAAGGAAAUGGAUAUGGAAAUAUAAUUAAUGAUGAAAAUAUUAAAUAUUUUGUUCGUUUGGAGGGGAAAGGAGAUGGGAAUACUCAUUUUCAAAUUUAUGCAGAAAAUUCAUUUAACAAACCACAAAAUUGUGUCAAUUAUACAGUAUAUUAUUUUGAAAUUAAAUGUAAAUUUGAAAGAGAGGCGAAGAAUUGUACAUAUUGGAUGCAUAUUGGCCUUAAAAAUUUAAAAUCUAAAAGUAAUAUUAAUUAUUUCGUAAAUUUGGAUACAAUUUAUUCCCCUAAUAAACAUCAAGUGCUUAAUCUUUCAACAACUUUCAAUAAUAACGAUAUUUUUGGUUGUGGAUUAGUUUAUCCUCCAACUAAUAAAUUAGAGAAAAAAGAAGAAUUUCCUUAUGUUUUCUUCACUCAUAAUGGAAAACAACUUGGAAAGGGUACAUUAUUGAAGGACAAUUUCGACUCAUUUAACCCAUUCGUUGAUCUGUUAUGUUGUUCUGCUGAAACGAAUUUUGGAAAUGAUUUGGAGUUGAAACCAUUUAUUCAUGACAUUUCAAAACAUUUGGUUCUUCAAGAAUUUUACUGA